AUGAUCGUACUCAGCAUCGACGUCGGCAUCCGCCAUCUCGCAUACUGCUCCAUGCUCGUGCCGGACGAGGGGCAUCCGACGGUGCUGGACAUAGGGAUCGUGGACGUGGCUUCAUCCGCCGGCGCGGGACACAGUCGUAACAUGAUCGACUCAGCCACGGCGGAGCGCCUGGUGCGGGAGCUGGAUGCCCACGCGGCGGACUUCGUGGACGCCGACGUGGUCCUGAUCGAGAAGCAGCCGCCCAUCGCGAAGUUGAUGCGGGUCAUACAGGGCAUGCUCGAGGUUUACUUCAUAUGCAACGGCAAGAAGACCGUCGCUUACGACGGAAGGCUCAAGCUGCCGCGGGCCAAGAGCGAGGGGCUGAGCGGAGCCGAAAAAUACAGGCGGCGCAAGAAGGCGGCGAUCGAACGUUGCGGGGCGUUCCUCCGUUCGGGACCCGGGGCCGCCUCCGAGGGCGUGCUGGAGGCGUUCGAGGGCUCGUCGAAGAAGGACGACCUCGCGGACGCCCCGGCUCGCAGAACAUCCACGACGAUCGUGGUCAGGAACGCGCCUCAUCGCGCCUCGGCAUCCAGGGCGGCUUCCCUCUCCGUCAUCUCGCCUUUCGAUUCGGACGGGUUCGAAUGCACGUCCGCCUACCGAGGGUUUGCCCCCAUGACGUAUGAGGACCUGCAGAAGAAGAUCCUCAGUGAGUAUGCGUGCAAGCUGAGAGCCCUCUACUUGCAGAAGAAGAACUUUACGAAUGCGCUGGUCUGCAAAUACGGGCCCAAGGCGGAAAAGAAAGACGAACCUAUCGCUACGAACAAGAGCGAGGCCGAGUACCUCCAGAAUCUGGAUCUCAGGAUCCAGCAACUGAAGUUCGACACCUCCCAGAGACUCCAAAAAGAGCAAUUCAAGAGCAACUGGACCAAGGGAGACGUCGCGAUCCGUCAGAAUAUCCUGGGCCCAGACAUGGAUGAGAUCGCCACCCUGGAAAAGAAGUACGGCCCGAAGGGCGAAUUGAGUAAGGCGAUCCUGAAGGGGAGAUUGACCGACGGUUCUAUCACCAAUGAUUACGAUCUCCUGCGGGAGCAGCAGAACGGCAAGUGCUUCGUGGUCCUGGACGACUGCGCCUACGAUCGGAAGUCCAUGAACUCCAAGGUCCUCAAGUUCCUCGCGAACAACUCCCGCCACCUGAACAUCAUGGUCAUUCUGACCAUUCAAUAUUGCAUGUCGAUCCCUCCCGACAUCCGCAACAACAUCGACUUCAUGUUCGCCUGCGCCGACAACAACAACACCAACCAGAAGAAGCUCUACGAGCACUACUUUGGCAACUUCAACAACCUGAACGAGUUCAAGGAGGUCUUCCGCGAGGCGACCGCCAACUACGAGGUCCUCGUCCUCGACAACGUCGCCAAGACCGGUCUCAACAGCGACACCGUCUUCUGGUACAAGGCGAAUCUGCACGCCCCCUUCCGCAUGCUGCACUCGUCCUUCUGGAAGUACCACAAGAAGCACUACGACGGGGGAGGUUCCAGGCCCGGAGGUGCCGGCAAGACCCGCGUCCGCAAGACGGACUGA